AACUCGUAUCCGCGCUUCUGUCGAGAGAUCUACCUUGGCGAGCCGGUUUCUCAUCUGCCCCGUGAAAGACUCCUCCCUUCCGAGGCUGCGUGCGACGGCCCAUCUCAGGGUUCAAGUGUAGCCUGUGCUCGUGUGUGUGCGACUUCGCGGCGGUUUAAUCUCGCUAUCUCCAACGGGCCAGCAUCCGCUACCGCUCAGCGUUGUUCGCGCUGGUUUCGUCGAGCGGCGUCGAGGGGGGUGACGGAGUACUCCCCGGCUGGCAGGGGAGGUUUUAGCUCAUUCGAUUUUUUUCUUUUCUUAUCUCUUCGCCACGACGCGCGGCGCCUCGUUUCCUCACGAUUUUUACUUUGCACGGCCGGUCAUAUUUCGGCCUGUUCCGGGAUCGUUACACUCUUCCCCCCGUCGACCUGUAACUGCGUGGAGCGCGCACUAGCGCAGGUGAUCUUGGAGCUUCGCGCGUCAAUGCGACUAUCUUGAGGAGUUCUUUCUGCGGUAUCCACUGCGAAGAUGUCCGCGCAGUGUGCCACUUGCGCCGACUACGAGCUGGAGAGGCCCAAAUUCGUCCGACUGACUCAGCUGUCAAGGCAAGCGGUGAGAGACUAUGAGGACCUGCGAUCGUGCUAUGAAGAACUGAAGCAGCAUUACGAAGAGCAGCAGAGGCUGGCCAAGAAGUACCGCAAUGAGAAUGCCUCACUGCAGCUUAAAGUACAGGAGCAGCAAGAAACACUCAACAGACUGCAAAAUGCCUCGGAAGCUGUGUGUGAGGAGUACGGAAUGCUCAGGAGCCGCUACAAUGCUGAGACGAAGGCUGCCUCCAAGGUGCUCAAAAAGGCCUCUCAGUGGUACCUGGAGAACCAGGACCUGCGGCGCACGUCCCAGAUUCUCUGGGAGAAGGUGGCUGCAUCGGGUGAGGACCUGUCCAGCCUGCCGGUUCCUGCACUCUCGGCGGCAUCGUCGACGUCAUCUGACAUGACGAGCAAUGGCACCACCGCUCACGACGAGGAGACCGAGCAGCUCAGGCAGACCGUCGCGGAUCUGAGGCUCGAGGUGACCUGCCUCAAGGGCGAGCUGGAACGGAGCGAAAGCAGUGCCCGUGACCUGGCUGCCAAGAAUGAGCGGCUUUUGGCCGAGUUGGAUUCGGAGCGGACCGAGCGUAGUCGUUGCCAGAAGCGGCUGGCUGAGAUGGAAGAUGGCAUGGGCCGUCUCAACAGGGUGUCAGUGCUGGCUGCUCGAGAAUACUUCGAGUUGCGCAAGAAGUUUGAAGACGAGUCCGAACGGAACCGAGUGCACGAGAAGGAGGCUGCCAGGCUGAAAGGAGAGCGCAAUGCGGCAGUGCGUCAGAGUGCCUUCCUCGUGGGCCAAAUGGUGCCGGAGGCAAGGCUGCUGGCAGCGCUGGACCAGGUCAAGGCUGUUGAGCUGCAGGCAGCUGCAGCCAAGGCUGAGCACGAGGCUGAGGUUCGGGCACUGCGCGAGCAGCUGGAAUCGCAGAGUGCCCCAGGGGAGACGGUGGAGGAACUGAAGCAGUGCCUGGGCGAAUCUGAGCAGAAGCUGUACGAGUCCCAGAAGAGGGUGCAGCAGCUCGAGGAGAGGGUGCGAGAGCUCAUUGUGGAACUGGACCAGAAGGCCUCUGCACCCACUGUCACCAGCGUGCCACCACCUCCUCCACCCCCACCACCACCACCACCACCACCACCCGCUCCGUUCAACCCACUCAGGUCUCUCAUGGCACUCAUUGCCAGCAGCAGAAAGACAGCUGCACCAGCUGCAGCCAGUGCAAAAGCAAAGGAAGAUCAGCUGCAGGCGAAGCUGAUGGAGGAGAUGAUUGAGCAGAUCAAGAAGGGCGUCCACUUGCGACCCACUGCGCGGCCUGUCAUGGAAGAGGAGCUAGAGGAGAAGUCCUCUUCAGAGCCAGCCGUCAAUGAAGUCCUCAGCAUACUGAAACACACAGCCCCGCACUCUCCCGUGGAAGCCUGUUUUGGCGAGCGGGGUGACAUCAAGCGUCAGAAGAGCUCCCGAGGGGUUCGUCAGUGUGGCUCGAUGGACUCCCUGGCCAGCAGCUCUUCCAGCAGCCGGGAAGAACAGAGUGAGCUGGAACGCCUCUUCCAGUCCAAGAACCUCCGUCACAGAGCUGAGGCCGACUCCGAGAGCUUGCGUUCAGUCAGGAGCCUAGACGUGGAUGCUCCAGAAAACAGCUGACCAAUGUGACCUCUUCUGUGACAACACUCAGCGUCACACCACAGGGACCACACUGUGCCUCAUACAGUAUUUCGUGCAAUGCUGCUCUCACGUGAUUGCACCUUCCAGAACAGCGAGACUUUGAUGUGCGCAUGCUCAAAGUUACGUCGCUCUUUCUAUUUAUGUUUUACUCGAGGGCACAAAAAGAACCAUCAUCAUUGUCACAGCCCAGGUUCAGUUGCUACAACUUGCAACUGAAGUGAUAUCGACAAUGCGCUGCAAUGCUUCCUGCCAACAACUGCGAACUCAGUGGGAGGGGAAAAAAAAAAGGGUAUUUUUAACUUCACAGCAGGGAACAGCGCAGAUACACGAGACAAGAGAGACUGACUGGACUUGGCGCUGGCUAACAACAGCUAAGCCAACAAGCUCAAGUUUUCACUCUUUUAAGGAACUUUUAACACCACUAUGUAUUAAUUUUGGAAACCUCCAUGAAAUGAUCAUUACCACGAUGUACUUCAACAUGCAGGGGCUUGUCGGGGCACUUGCAUUGAUUUGUGUGUAAGCAUCCUUUGAUGAUUGCCAUUGUCGUCCUAUGGUGUGCUCAUCGGGUGUCCUCACUGACGUGCAUAAUGCAUGCUCUCUUCUCCUGCUGCUGUGAAAUUUGUGCUGUUGUUUCGAUGUUCAAAGUACUCACGAGAGUAACGUCUCUCCCUGUGCUCGAACAAGGGGAUUUCCCCUUUUUUCUAGUGUUCCUCCACUUGAUGCACCACCUUGAUGUAAGACAGCGCAUCGCUGAUGCCUCUCUGCAGCUGGUGGUCAAUAAUUUUUAUUGUUAGGCACUUUCAGCAGUUACUCGAUUUUUAGGUGAUUGUAUAGCACGCUCGAUUGUGAUGCUCGCCAGAAUUUUGUGGCCAGCUAUAAAAAAAAUAUUUUUGCACGACAAGCAGAGACAAAUGCAGCGCUCUUGAUUUUUCAUUCACUGGUAUUAUAAACAUUGCAGGCAGAAGCAAACAAACUAUGUACUAAUUUUAGGUGAUAACAUGAAUUACUUGCAAUUGUACAGCAAUUAAAUGCCUCGAAUAAUUGCCGUGAGGCUAUCGCUGACUAGACUUAAAUGCAGGGAACAGUGGUACAAACCAAAGGGUUCUUUUUUUUAAAUGAAAUCGUCCCAAACAACAAAAUUUUUAUUAUACCUGUUGCUUCUGCAGUGGCUGAAUGACGACAACGCUGGAUGUCAAGCUCAGAGGAAGAGAGGGUUGUUAAUCAAACUGCUGGAUUUGCCAAGGAAUGUUAUGGAAGCAGACUUUGUAGAGAGGCUGCACAUGAAGUGGAGAGAUUGAGCAACUAAGGUUGAGAAACAAGUGCGAGACUAGGCUUUGUUGAGGAAGCGGCAUUAGUUUCUGUUUUGUCAGGGCAUCUGCUUUGUGGUACUUCACUAUGCAAUGAUCAGCAGCAGUCAAACAAGGAAUGUAAGUGGAGCCCAUUUUGUGGCAAGAAGACAGACUUACCAUGAUCGGGGCUUCUCUCGUUUUCUUUAGGAACUUCUCUUGUAGAAGCCUCCUCGUUGAAGACCUGCCUUUGAGGCCAUUGCUUUGCACGACUAAGUGUGAGGCCACGGGUUCAAUUCUCAGCCACAGCGUCCGUGUUGUGGUGGGGCCAAAAUGCGAAAACACCUGUUUACUUAGACUUAGGCGCACAUUAAAGAACCCCAGGUGCUUGAAAUCAAUCUACAAUGUGCCUACAAUCAUACCAUGGGUUCGGCAUGUAAAACUCCAGAAUUUAAUUUUCAAUUUUUUUUUGCUCAUUUAUGGAAUAUUGGCUCCAGUAGCAUCCUGUUUGACCAACACUUCAAUUCCACAUCUUCUUGUAAUCCUCUGUGUUGCCUGGUUUUGGCUGUUGGAUUGCUCUCUUGACCUUGCAGACUGUUUCGUGCAUUCACUGACAAGCUUUCUCGUGUCACAUUUUCGACAACCAGGAACCUAUCCAGGGUUUCGUCUUUGGCCGUGUAAUGUAUGCACUCAAACCCACCUAAACAAUAUCCAAGUGCCAUGGAAAUAUCAAUGUUAUAACUAGUAAUUGUGAUCCUGGCUGAAUGGAAAAUACAAAAAGGGGGCUAGGGGCAGAACUGCUCUUCUCAUAAUGGCAGUGCAACCAGCGCCAUUCUCUUCUUCCUUAGACUGCAGAGUGUACUGGGCCUUGUUCAGUUCAAAAAGUGCCCAUCACUUCGUGCUUGACACCAGGUGCACAGCUUUGCCCAUUACGCCUGAUUGACUAUAGCUGCCAACCCACACGCUCCUGCCGCGUGCAGCAAGCGGCGGUGGUCUUUUCAAAAGCUGGAAUCCUCUGCUCUCUUGGCCUACGUGGCCUUUGCACUCGCUGCAGAUUGCUUGUAAGAUAGGGAGCAGCCACGCCAGCUAAGGGAAACACAUCCCACCCUCCCAACCACAUACAGUUCAUCUCCCCUGCUGUCAUUGUGCACUUGGUUGGCAUACAUCAUUUCCCACUUGCCCUAGUACGUUUUCCUUGCAUUCACAGCUUAUGGCAUGUGAGGCAUGAUAGGAUAUCUUACGAGGAACGUCGACAGCACAGUCCAUUCACGUUCGGAGGGGUGGAAGACAGAUGAGUGACAUUCUCAUAAGGUUGGAGAUGCGGAGAAGGCUGGAAAACUGGCUCUAUCCUGUGAACUCAUGGUACACAGGUGGGUGCAGUAGCUCCCAUCGUUUCUUUUUUUUUUCCAGCACUUUCAAGCAUUCCUUUUCCUUUCUGCAAACACGUCAAGGAGCUAGAUUUGAUUGGUAUUACUGAUAAUUCAGUAUCGGAACAUUAUCGUAAGUGGUUUCUUUCACAAAGGAAAGAUACAAAUGUUCUGCUGUGUGUUGGCUGCUCAUUGUCAUUUCCAGAAUAUUGUUAAAGCUGGUAUCGUGUAUAUUUAUAUAUAUGUGUAAUUGGGGAUGAUGGGGGGUGGGGGUGUACAGACCACUGCCCACAGCCACUUUCUCUUGAAAGAGCACGUUGUGUUCAUGGGUCUACUCAGUGACACCUAUGUGCCUUAUAAGCAAAUGAAUGGUGAAGAUCCCAUUUUUUGUUUUGCUGGACACUACCACAUGAACCCAAGGAAAGCAUGGGGGUGUUAUUUGUAGCUUUUAAUUGUAUUGAAUUGUAGUUUUAACUGAGUGCUACGAAUAAGACCUCCUGUGCUUUCCUUAGCUUCAUUACUUGUUGACUUCGUAUUACAAGUGAGUGAGCUAUACUCACAGAUACCCAACAUUCUCAUUAAGAGCCUCUCUUUAUUUUUCUAAUGCGUUCCUGCAAAGCUCUCUUAGCGAACAAAUUAUUUUCGAGCUUCUGCUACAUAUUUCAAUCUUCUACUCUCCAGUUCUAGCCACUUGGAUAGCACAGAUCUUGACUGUCUGGUUUGCUAGUCCAACAGUGGCCUUGCUUUCAGUGCCAGCAAGGGGACCAACUAAUGAAUUUCAAGAGAGAUGUUUGUUUUUUAUGCCUCAUCAUACACUGACCGUGAAAACAUGGUGGGCAGUACAAAAACUUGCGUGACCUCUCAAGCUCUGCAGAUGGUGAUCAGUGAUGAUGAUAGUUUUUGCCUUUGAGUUGUCUUAGGCGAAUGCAUAAGGGACCCAGCAAGUUUUUAUUUAUACUCUAUUAAAACUGAGAGAAUUUGGCUGGCCUGUAUGUAGGGAGUUACAUUUUACUCUGCAUAGGCAAGGUUGUCAGCGACAGAAAAGGCCUAGAAGCAUUCUUUUUAUACAAUAUUGUUAGACAGCAGAAAUCAUUUCACCAGUGUUGCAUUCGCAUGUGGGUAGUGCAGGUCGUACGACGGAAAUUACUCGACAGAAUCCUUGGCUUUUUAUCACAUAUUGUUUCUUUUGUGUUUACCUUUCCUACACUCGUUUUUUCAGGUCAUCAGUUUGUAACAUGGCCAAUCGUCACCUAAUGGGGCCAAUAGAAACAAUCACCAUAGUAUUGAGACCCCUUUCAUUGCUUUUGUUCCGGCUUCCAUCAGCAUGUAACAAAUGCUCUGUGUUUAGAAGGACACAGAUGUUUGGCUGCACUGUCUACUCAAAGCCUUGUUUAAAGACUGCCUCUGUUCUUCGAAGGAGGAUGGCCUGAUGCGGUCGGUUAUUUCAAUGGCAUGUGUUGACAAUUUUUAACAUUGGCUUUUUUUUUUAAAGAGACAGGUUUCUCAACACAGAGAGUUAUGAAUACGAAAUUGUUGUCUUCUCUGCAUGUACGUUGCCAUACAAAGCAAAAUAUAUGCUUUAUGCCAACAGCUGUCAACGUUUUGGUUUUCUAGAUUUUAGUUCUAAUCUUUGAGACUGCAACAGUGCUCCGACACAUGCAAAAAAUACCCAGCUGUGACAUGUAUGUAGAGUGCUUUGACAUUGUGCACAGCACAUUGUUUUAUGCUUGAACACGCAUGAACAAAUACACAGGGGUGUGUGAUUAUUCAAAACUUCAAAUUUGGGUCGAACAACCUUGUUUUGAACCAGAGUAUUCAGUUUGAAAGCUUGACUAUCAAUCACUCAAAAUACUCAAUUUUAGUUUAACAUGCUUGGUUACUGUGACCAUUUUUGACUCCAUGCCAAGAAAAAAAAACGGCCUCUGCACAUGCCUCAAGUGGCUAGCAGCGCCUCAAGUGUCUGCUAGCCACUCGAAGUGUUGUUCUAUGCCAGCCAACAACUUCAGAGGCCAUUUGCUUCACCUGCAAGUAAAAGUAAAAGAAAUAGGCCAAGCAUUUUUGCUCAUGUUUUUGUUGUUUAACAUCUAUAAGAAGCAAAUACAUGCCAUUCAGUAAAUGAAGCCAUUUUUCCAAUAUUAUUCAUCUUCAAUUUAUCCUACGUUCUAUUCAAAAGCCUCCACAGACUUGUUGUCAGCAUUGAUGUAGUCACAUGCAUGGUUUGUCAGAAUGAAUGAAACAACUGGUAGCACCAGUGUUGCCAUGUGGUGGCUGCAUCAUGUUUUGCCCAAUGAACAACUUGUAAUACCAAGCACUGAGUGAAACUUCAUCUGUCUUUGCCAAAGCGAGUGCACACAUAACAGAAGCUCAGCUACAUGUGUUGCAUGUAGGCUGAUGUGUUGUCCAGAGUGGCUUCAUUUAUUUUGACAGAGACUGUAUGUUGUUUUGUACCUUGACAAGUACAAACAAAGCCAGCCAAAAGAUGUGCAAUAUAGCGCCUAGUUUUUGCUUCAGGCUGCGUGUAGUAUUUCAAUCUUGCUCAAGAUUCCAAUGACAGAUCUGAAGAUGCAAUAUAAGGCAACAUGUUGCAACUGCAUGCUUCUUUUGAAAUGCUCUCUUUGAUGCAGAUUCGAUGUAGCAAAUAUGGUGUUGUAAUUUUCUUUUUCUUUCAUAUAUUUGUUAAGGAGCAUACUUACUGCCUCCUAGUGUGUGUGUCUUGCUGUGGGUUCAGUCUUUGAAAACAUCUUCGUUUGUGUUGUUCUUCUUUGUGGUUGAUGUUGGGGUUGUGAUAAGGUAACAAAGAACGUUUGUGCACAUGGGGGCUGGGCAUCACGAAGGGCAUCACUUUGUUAAUGACAUUGCAGCAUUGAGAUUUUUCAUGUUUUUAAACAUACCUCAAGGGGGUAUCUAAAAGGUUUGAAUAAAACAGUGGCACAUAAUAUAAUAAAAGAACCAUGCUGGACAACAAUAUGUGUGUAUCAGUGUCCCAUUUAUUUAGCAUGGGGCUGCCAGUCAGCCAGCCAAAAUAAAAGUACAGUGGCCUUUGUUUUAAUGUGAUGAGCAUUAGUAUGAUAGUUCAUACACUGUUGCUGUUCAUAAUCAUCACAACUUAUAAAACACCCAUUAUAAGAUCAAUUGCCAAUUGUACUAGCAUAACCAAUCAUCUGGAAAGUAUGAAUGCACAGCCAAUUUUUAAGGCAGAAACUUUGGAUGUCUCGUCAAACGCAAAAAUUGACUGUCAGCGUGGGCGGCGUCAACACGAGUGAUGCAAAAUAUCAUCAUGUGAUGACGUCACAGAUUGCCAAAAUUUGUGAUGUCACAUGAUGAUGUCGUCACGACAUCGCUUGGUCAAACGUUGGCCGAUCAUGGAGGCAGUGUAAGACCAGGUGAGGUGGAGAAAGCUUACAAUGCCUUCGAUCCUGGAGGCAAUGCAAAACCAUGUAAGCAUUUAGAGGGAGGCGGGGGAGUAUCAAUACAUCGACUGAGUAGAAGAAGAAGAAGAUGGCUUUCGCCUUUGAGUCGUCUUAGGCAAAUGCAUGAGGAACCUGCGAGUUUUUAUGCAUAUACCAACAAGCUGCUUAAAAAGAUUUUGCGCUGACUACAGUUUUAGAAAACAGAAUUUUUGUCUUCUGCAUUGUUUGGUAAAAUAGUUUGCAUUGUUGUCAAAUAUUGGCAACAGGCAGCAAAACCAGUUCGUUAUUGUGAAAAAAAUGCAAAAUGGCAUGAAGAAACUACUUAAUUGCUCAUGUUAAUGAAGGCACACAACCUUGGAAGAAACUAUGGAUGGAUGGUAUUUGCAUUAGCAAUAUGUACGUGGUUCUGCAAAAGAUUGAAAAUAAAUUUCUCAGAUUUAUGUUUAAAAUAAGCAUGAAUCGUAAUCCUUGCAAUAUUAGUUACUUUUUUAUCCAAUCUCAUUUCAGUAUGCAAAUGCAUUUGUGCAUGCUGGCACCUUGGUCAGAAAAGUGGUGUCCACUCGGAAUAAACUUUGUGGCAGAACA